CUCUAAGUAACUAUGACCGCCUACCAUGUUUGGCCGACCAAUAUAGGAAAUCUUUAGGCACGCUCCAUUUGAUAUUUUUUUUAUUUUAUAUAAUUAAAUCGAACGCAGGACCCUUGUUUAUUUUCCGCUUGUUCUUGUUUUUUCGCUUUCCUUUCUUAUCGUGGGCUAGCUUGAAAUUUCUCCAGGAACGAAAUUGGAAAAAUUAUUCAGGUGAGGUUCAUUUGUUGUGGAUCGAGGUACGGCGCUGAUGGAUUUACCUGGUUCUUUCUCACUUUAUGAAAAAAAGUGAAUCUUUUUAUAUUGGUUAGUUGCGCAUGAUCUGUUCACGAUCGAGGGAUUUGGGGUUAGAUUUCUGUUGAUUGGCUGUAGUUAUAACCCACUCAAGUUCCCAAGAUGUUGGAGCAACUACUCAUCUUCACAAGAGGAGGCCUAAUCCUCUGGACGUGCAAGGAGCUCGGCAAUGCACUCAGGGGCUCACCCAUCGACACCCUCAUUCGCUCUUGCCUUCUCGAGGAGCGUUCUGGCGCAGCCUCAUACAACUAUGAUGCUCCUGGUGCUUCGUACACCCUCAAGUGGACCUUCCACAAUGAGCUAGGCCUCGUGUUUGUUGCCGUGUACCAGCGGAUCCUCCACCUCCUCUACGUGGAUGACCUUCUUGCUAUGGUGAAAAAAGAAUUUUCCGAGAUUUACGACCCCAAACGAACCUCGUACCCCGAUUUUGACGAUAUUUUCCAGCAGCUGAAGAAGGAAGCCGAGGCCCGUGCAGAGGAUAUGAAGAAGUCUAAACAAGUGGUCAAGCCCUCGAACAACAAUAAUCUUGGAAAAAAACAGGCACGGGUGGCAAACGGCAUGUUCGAUGGAGGCAAUCAAAAAAAGAGCGGGAAUGAGUCCGGUAAAGAUGGUGAUGAUGCUCCGUUAGAAAAUGGUAGCCUUAGGAAGAAUAUUAGUAACAAAGUGAUUAGCUCAAAGGGGAAGGAGAAUGGUGCCUCGAACAACGGGGCUUUUGAUGUGAGCAAACUGCAGAAGCUGAGGUCGAAAGGCGGGAAGAAGACGGAGGCCGCAGUUGGGAAGGCCUCUAAGGUGGUGGAGCCGAAGAAGGUGACGAAAAAAAAUAGGGUUUGGGAUGAUUCGCCUAAGGAGACGAAGCUUGAUUAUACAGAUGGGGCUGGUGAGGAUGUGGAGCAGAACUUGUCGAGUGUGGUGGAAAAUGUUGGGGAGAGUAUGAUGGAUAAAGAGGAUAUUGUUAGCAGUGAUAGCGAGUCUGAGUCUGAGGAGGAGGAGAUGGGAAAGGAUGGUGGGUCGGAUGGGAAGAAGAAGAAAGGGUGGUUUUCGUCAAUGUUCCAGAGUAUUGCUGGGAAAGCAAACUUGGAGAAAUCUGACCUAGAACCAGCUCUCAAAGCUCUCAAGGACAGGCUCAUGACCAAGAAUGUGGCAGAAGAAAUAGCUGAAAAACUUUGUGAUUCAGUAGCUGCAAGUCUUGAGGGCAAGAAGCUAGCCUCUUUUACCAGAAUUUCUUCAACUGUUCAGGCUGCCAUGGAAGAUGCCCUUGUUCGUAUCUUAACUCCAAGGCGCUCCAUUGACAUUCUUAGAGACGUACAUGCUGCCAAGGAGCAAGGAAAACCCUACGUCGUGGUUUUUGUUGGAGUUAAUGGAGUUGGUAAAUCCACCAAUCUUGCUAAGGUUGCUUACUGGCUUCUGCAACACAAUAUCAAUGUCAUGAUGGCUGCUUGCGACACGUUCAGAUCAGGUGCAGUCGAGCAGCUGCGUACUCAUGCACGAAGGCUCCAGAUCCCGAUAUUCGAGAAGGGUUAUGAGAAAGAUCCGGCAGUUGUGGCAAAAGAGGCCAUCCAAGAGGCCGCUCGAAAUGGAUCGGAUGUUGUUCUGGUCGAUACAGCUGGAAGAAUGCAGGAUAAUGACCCAUUGAUGCGAGCUCUGUCGAAGCUUAUAUAUGUAAACAACCCGGACCUGGUUUUGUUUGUGGGUGAGGCACUCGUGGGGAAUGAUGCUGUGGAUCAAUUGUCCAAGUUUAAUCAGAAAUUAGGCGACCUAUCUCCCUCUCCCAAUCCUAGGUUGAUUGAUGGAAUCCUCUUGACCAAAUUCGAUACUAUUGAUGACAAGGUGGGAGCUGCAUUGUCAAUGGUAUACAUAUCGGGAGCUCCUGUAAUGUUUGUUGGGUGCGGGCAGUCUUAUACCGACUUGAAGAAGCUUAACGUCAAGUCUAUAGUGAAGACUCUCCUCAAAUAAGAAAGAUCAUUUUUCGUCUUAGACCUUUGUGUGAAAUUCUGAAUGUUGUUCGUUGGUUUGUGACUGAUCUGUGUGUGAACUGUGAACUUGAACUGUGAACUUCCCCAUCUGUUAUCUUUGCUACUUUGCUGAAUAAAAGUGAAUGGUGUGUUCAACUUUUGUGUGUGUUGUCUAUUGUCAUUUCUUUAAGGAAAUAUGUUUAUAUUUGGCUAUUCUUUAUGAACCUCCUAAAAUCUUACCAUUAUAAUACAUGUCGAAAUGUUUGUUUACUAGCUCUUUUAUUGGAGUAUCAUAAUUUUAGUAGUAGUAAAUAUAUUGCAUUUUACUGCAUAUGUUUUGUGAGACAAUGAAUGAAAAAUAUUGGUGUGUUUAUGCUUGCGUGUUUACAUUUGUAUAGAAUUAAAU